AUGCACGGUCUCGACAAAUUUGAGAAAAUCUGGGCCGAUAUGGCCACGACCAAGGAGCUUCCAAAUCGAAACAGAGCUGGAAUACGGCAGGAGGACUGGUCCAACUGGGCCCCGACUCCAUUGGAAGAUAUCGACUCUACAUUCGCCCUGCAACAAUACCUCCAAGAACAAAUCCGACAAGAUUCAUCUGCAAUCACCAAACUCAUUCAAGUGCCAGACACUCAGGAUGAAGAUACUUGGCAAUAUGAGCAUUUGAGGCAAACCUGUUUGGAAUUGAAUACUUUGGUCGUCAUGCUUGAACCUGACUGUACAUAUGAAACGUGUCCUGAAAUGAAGGCUGAUGAAUGGAUGUAUUUGUGUGCUGCUCAUCUCACUCCACAAUCUUGUUGUGCUAUGGAUUACAUUAUUCACACUUUGGAUGGGACCACUGCACUUAUGAAUAGUCCAAAGUUCUUUCCCUCAAGGAUAUCAAUGCCAGAAGGAUCAACCAAACACUUUUCAAACAUUGCUCGUCGACUAUAUCGCAUCUUUGCUCAUUCAUACUACCAUCAUCGAGAAAUAUUUGAAGAAUUUGAAGCCUCGACACACUUGUAUGCACGAUUCCUGGCCUUUUCCACACGAUUCAAUUUGAUUCAACCAAAGCUUAUUAUUAUACCAAGAUCCACUGAUGAAUAG